AUGGCAAGGUUCAUCCGCAAAAUCUGCCCGACGGCGGAUAUCUACAUCAUCAAGGCUAUCAACCACGCUGUCGACUGCGGAGCCAGGGUCAUCUCCAUCUCCUGGUCUGUCAGACGGCCAGAAGACGAGGUGCUGCGAAAAGAGUUUGACGAGGCCAUUUCCAGGGCCGUCCGACACAAGACCAUCAUGUUAUGCGCGUCGAGUGACCAGGGCAAGACGGGAGAUGACGAAACCUACCCCAAACACGCCGAUCAGGAAAACAUCAUCCGCAUCGGCGCUGCCACCGCCAUGGGCAACAACGCCCAAUACGUCGACGAGCACAGGAUCGACUUUCUCUUUCCUGGCCACAAGAUCCCCCUCAAGGGGAGCAACCCGGACAAGGAGCUAGGAUACGUCCAUGAGGGUUCUUCGGUCGCCACGGCCAUCGCCGCCGGACUGGCGACCCUGAUUUUGGAAUGCGUGCAAGUCGGCCACUUUUGGGAGGCGAACAAGCCCCACAGGUCCCAGCACUCGAUCCCGGACCAGGACUCGAUGGAUUCAAAGGCCAUCAGGGCCGGGUUCGCGAGCAUGGUCAGGUCGAAUUCGCGAUACCUUUGGGUCUGGGAGACUUUUCGCCCCCAAGUCUGUGAGAGCAUCACGGAUGGAGGGCGCGAUGAUCACUUGGACGAGGUGGCAAAGUUGGCGAAGAGCUUUUUAUUCUGA